GGUCCGGGCGGGACGGCCGAAGUGAGGAACGUGCACUCACCGGGAAGGAUGUACCAGCGCCCGCCGGACCAAACCACCACCGGGUUGUCAGUGUACCGGCAAGAGAACGGGGCCGGCCGCCGGCCACAGGGGUACACGCGGCACAAAGUGGGUGACCAAGAGUGGGAGGAGGACAAUGAGAAAGGAAUGCCUUGGUUUAAUAAGAUGUACUCCAUCGGGGACCAGCUCGCAGUGAGGUUCCAGCAGCCGUUGGAAGAAACAGGGGUGGAUGAUAUGACGCAGUUGGAGGAUCUGAACGAGGGAGCCGUGCUGUACAACUUAAGGAAGAGGUUUGACUUGCAGAUCAUUUAUACAUACAUCGGCAGUAUUCUGGUGUCUGUGAAUCCGUAUAAAAUGUACAACCUCUACGGGACGGAGACAGUGCUGAGAUAUGAGGGGAAGUCACUCGGGGAAAACCCACCACAUCUAUUCGCCAUUGCGAAUGCGGCUUACUCUAAAAUGAUCGAUGCCAAACACAAUCAGUGCAUUAUAAUCAGUGGUGAAAGUGGAUCAGGAAAGACUGAGGCCACCAAACUGAUCCUUCGCUACCUGGCAGCAAUUCACCACAAGCGCAGGGACAACGCGACUCAGCAGAUUCUGGAAGCGACUCCCCUUCUGGAAUCCUUUGGAAAUGCCAAAACUGUGCGGAACGAUAACUCCAGUAGGUUCGGGAAGUACAUCGAAAUCUUUUUGGAGGAUGGGGUGAUAUGCGGUGCCAUAACCUCACAGUAUCUUCUUGAGAAGUCAAGGAUUGUGUUUCAGGCCAAAAAUGAAAGAAAUUAUCACAUUUUCUACGAGCUUCUGGCUGGGCUUUCCAGUCAACAGAAACAGAGGUUCUACCUGCAGGAGGCUGAGACGUACUAUUACCUGAACCAGGGCGGGAACUGUGAGAUUCCUGGGAAACAGGACGGGGAGGAUUUCCGACGGCUGCUCAGUGCAAUGGAGGUGCUGGGCUUCAGCAGUGAGGAGCAGAGCGGCAUCUUUCGCAUCCUAUCCUCUGUCCUUCACCUCGGGAAUGUCUACUUCGAGAAGUAUGAGACAGACUCGCAGGAGAUUGCGUCCGUGGUGAGUGCUCGUGAGAUCCGCGUGGUGGCUGAGCUCCUGCAGAUCUCCCCCGAGGGGCUGCAGAAAUCCAUCACCUACAAAGUGACGGAAACCAUGAGAGAGAAGAUCUUCACCCCUCUGACUGUGGAAAGCGCGGUCGACGCAAGAGAUGCCGUUGCCAAGAUCCUUUACUCCCUGCUCUUCAGCUGGCUGACUGACAGAAUAAACAAGCUGGUCUCCCCGAGAACCGAGUCCCUGUCCAUAGCUAUCCUGGAUAUUUAUGGAUUUGAGGAUCUCAGCAUUAACAGCUUUGAACAGCUCUGCAUUAACUAUGCUAACGAGUACCUGCAGUACUUUUUCAAUAAGAUUGUCUUCAAGGUGGAACAGGAGGAGUACAUGAGAGAACAGAUUGACUGGAAGGAGAUUACCUUCAGUAAUAAUCAGCCCUGCCUCGAUCUAAUCUCACAAAGGCCUCACGGGAUCCUGAGGGUGCUGGAUGACCAAAGCUGCUUCCCCCAGGCAACGGAUCACACCUUCCUUCAGAAAUGCCACUAUCACCACAGCAACAGCCCCUUGUACUCUAAGCCAAAGAUGCCGCUGCCUGAGUUCACCAUUAAACACUUCGCCGGUAAAGUGACUUACCAGGUCCACAAAUUCCUGGAGAAAAACCACGAUCAAGUGCGGCAGGAAGUCCUGGAGCUGUUUGUCAGCAGUAGGACCAGGAUGCUGGUCAGCCUGUUUUCCGGACACGCCGUGAAGGCGAUGCCAAUGAAGAGCAGCACCAUCACCCGUAGGUACCAGGCUCCCACCGUGGCUGCCAAGUUUCAACAGUCGCUGAUGGAGCUAGUGGAGAAGAUGGAGAGGUGUAAUCCUUUCUUUGUCCGCUGCUUCAAGCCAAACAACAAAAAGGAGAUGGACCUGUUUGAGCUGGAUUUGGUCAGUGCCCAGCUGCGGUACUCAGGGGUGCUGGAGACCAUCCGGAUUCGGAAGGAAGGAUUCCCGGUCCGGAUCCCAUUCGCCACCUUCAUCAAGAGGUACAAGAUUUUACUGGGCCUCACCCAGGAGAUCAAGGCAGACGGGGAGAACUGUGUGACCAUCCUGAAGCAGAUCUGUCCCGUCAACAAAGGGAUGUAUCGCAUUGGACUCACCAAGCUCUUCAUGAAGGAGAACUUGCACCAUAUCCUGGACAGCAAGCGAGACCGGCUGAUGAAGAUCGCGGCGCUGACGCUCCAGCGCUACGCCCGGGGAUUCCUCGCCAGGAAACACUACAACGUGCUCCGGCACAAGAUUAUCCUACUCCAGGCUCAAGCCAGAGGCUACCUCGCCAGGAAAAAGUACCAAAAGGUGAAGGAAAGUCUGCUGAAGGUGAAGUCUGUGGUGCAGGCAUAUGUGAAUCGCAAAAGGUUUCUGCGGAUGCGGGAGGAAGCUCGGAGGUUGGCAGAGCAGGAGCACCAGAGGCUGCAGAUGGAACUGACUAAGAGAGAGGUGGUGAGUGUUACCCACCUGGACAUCCCUGCUGAGCUGGCUGGGUUACUGCACGCCUUGCCCGUUCAGAGCGAGGACUCAGUGGGGCAGGUGGAAUCUCCGAAGGUGCAGGCGGAGGAGCAGCUGACCCUGGUGCUCGAUAUCAACAACUAUCCCUUCUCCAAAUUUGUCCGGCUUCACUUUAAGGAGCCUCUGUUAGGGAUGCUGACAUCUCCACUGGAUGAGCCUCUGACUCAGGUGGAAGAGGAUUUGAAACCAGAAGCUGUAAAUGUCUUCAGAUUGAUCCUGAGGUUUAUGGGUGAUCCACAUCUGAACGGAAUUCAAGAAAACCUGUUUGGAAACUACAUCUUGCAGAUAGGUCUGGCCAACCCCGGGCUGCGGGACGAAAUUUUCUCUCAAAUAGCCAAUCAGGUGUGGAGGAACACCAACAAGAACAACGCCGAGAGAGGAUGGCUGCUACUGGCUACUUGCCUCAGUUGCUUUGCUCCUUCACCAAAGAUGGACAAGUAUCUGCUCAAAUUUGUUUCUGACUACGCACACACAGGCUUUAAGGCCAUGUGUCAGCACAAGCUCAUGCAGGCACUGAGGAAAGCCGGGGAUGGCUCUGAUGCAGCCCGCACCUACCCGCCAUGUCUACUGGAAUGGACGGCCAACAAGAAGGGAGCCAGCAUGGCCAUGCACAUCUCCUGCUUAGAUGGGGUCAAGCUGCUGGGUCCUGUCAGUUGCUGGACCACAGGAGAGGAGCUGGCUCAAGACAUUCUACGACACAGGGGUGCGGUGGAAGGCUGCCGAGGCUGGUCAGUGGUGAGGAAGGACAGGGGUGAGUGGGCCGAGCUGGCUGGCCACGACUAUGUGAUGGACCUGGUGUCCGAUCUGGAGCUGAUGCCGGAUUUUCCCAAGCAGAAAUCCUACUUCCUCAUCUCGUCCGAGAGUCCAGCCCGCCGCAAGGUCAACGGGAAUGUUGUGUUUGGAAACGGUUUGGAUUCAGAUGACGACAUCCCUCCAUUCCCCUCAACCAAGGCCCCGACCGAGCUGCCCCCCGGCACGCCCGACCCAGACGAGAAUUACUCUGGAUCCUUAAGACAGGACCUGGACUCUCGCUCUCAGAAAGGGCUGGACCGCUACCUCGACAGUCUCUUUGAUCCACUUCUAUCCUAUGGAAAUGGGGAUUUGGAAAAGACGUCCUCUGUGUCGAACCGAUUGAAGGGAGGUGGGAAAGUGGGAGCUGGAGACGCAGACAGAGAAGAAAGGAGCUCAGGGCCAGAGGUUCAGACACCGGGAGGUCAGACAGUGAUGCCAAUGAUGCCUGCAAUGGGGGCAGCAAUGCCUGGGAUCCAGCCAGUACCCUUCGUGCCAGUUUACGAUCAGAACCAGUUCCUGUCUCAGCAGCAAGCGUUCAUCAACCACCAGGCGUACCUCCUGGCCCAGCAGAUGACCGUGCAGGCUCUGGCCCUGCAACAGCAAAUGACCGUCUCCAACCCCAGCCUGACCCCCAGCCUGGGUAUCUCCAUGGGAAAGCUCUCCAGUGGCAAUGUCAGCCCUCAUACAGGAGCUGCUAACGGAGGCCUGGCCCUGACCGGGGUCCGUCCUGACACUGCACAAGGGAAACCAACAUUGAAGAGCAGCCCCACCCCGUACUCCAAACCCAGUGCCCUGAAGCCGGAGCAUGUCCAUCACACCAAGUUGAACUGCCAGCACAUUGUGGAGCCCACUCACAACAUCAAGGAUAUCAUCAAACAGCAUCAACAGCCUCCCGAGGCCCUCAGAAAGGAGGGCGGGAAGGUCUUUGCGAAGAAAGUGGAUCCUCACGAGGAGGCCAUGCUGAUCCUGAAAGACCGUCUCCCUCCACAUGUGCCACAGAAAGCAGCGCCCAGCCUCCCGCAGGAAAAGGUGGCCAAGGAGAUGGUUGCCAUGGUGAAGCCAGUCAGCAGCUCAAAGCUGAAGCACAGUGGACCCCCAGUGCCCGCGGGGGCUGGUAGACACCCCGCCCUGGCAGGAGCUUUGAUUUCCAGAGAGCUCGGAGCUGAGGAUGAGAUGAUUCAGACCCAGUUACACCGGCCGUGCUGCCAGGAAUACUACACCUACUGUGGGCCGGCCUGGGAGCUCUACAUCCGCAAAGAGGUUUUAUAUCCUAAGGACAAUGUGAGCAGCCCUGUGCUCCUGGAUCUGAUCUUCAGGCAGAUCCUUAGCGAUGCUCUGUCAGACACCUGUGUGAGGAUCAGCAAGGAGGAGCAACUGAGGAUGAGAUCUCUGUUGGCUGAGAACAAAAUUCAAGCCUCGACUCCUGUCAAAGAGGAAGCUGUCAAGAGGAAGAUUGUGCUGGCAGCCAGAGACGUCUGGGAGGUUUACUUCUCCCGUCUCUUCCCGGCCACGGGCAGUGUCGGCACCGGCGUGCAGCUCCUGGCCGUCUCACACAGAGGAGUCCAUCUACUGAAGCUGGUGAGAUCCAGGGGUGCAACAGGCGAGAACGUCAAGGUUCUCCGGAGCUACAGUUAUGCCGAUGUUCUCUUUGUCACGAUUCCUUCGAAGAACAUGCUGGAGUUCAACCUAACCAACGAGAAGCUGAUACUCUUUUCUUCCAAGGCUCCACAGGUGAAGUCCAUGAUUGACCAUUUCAUCACUGAGCUGAAGAAGGACUCAAAUUAUGUGGUGGCUGUGAAGAGCUACAUGGCCAGUGAGAGCAGCGCCAUGCUGAGCUUCCACAAGGGGGACAUCAUCCGCUUGCAGCCGAUGGAGGGUGUGGAGGAAGGUUACUGCUACGGCUGCAUCGUCAGGAAGAAGGUUGUGUACAUGGAGGAGCUAAAGAGAUACACGCCUGACUUUGGCUGGAAGUUUGGAGCGUUCCACGGUCGCUCGGGGCUGUUCCCAGUGGAGUUUGUGCAGCCAGUGGCGGCGCCGGACUUCAUUCACCUGAGUGUCGACAAGAAAGAGGAGCCAAAGGACAAGCGGGGGAAGGUGGCCGUGUCCUCCACUGUGGCGGCCGCCGUGGCCUCAACCGCAGCCGCUGAGGAGCUCGACCGAAAGAUCGAGGUUUCCCCGCUGGCGAGUGAGCGAAUGGGCGGCGUGAGCGAUUACGUGGACAAUGUAAUCCCAGACAGCCAGUACACCAUGAGCGAAUUUGCAAGCAAGUACUUCCGUGAGGCUCGCCGGCUGAAAGUUGAUUACAACAAGCAGAAAUCAAAGAAAGGCAAAGACAGCAGAGAGCCGACAGACAUGAUGAAAUACACCAAGUCCCCGAUCCAGGAAUCCCUGAUUGAAUUCAGUGAUGAAAACAUGAACAAGGUUGCUGCGGAGAUAUUUGCCGUGGUUAUGAAGUUCAUGGGGGAUUCUCCGCUCAAAGGACAGACAGAGCAAGAUGCCAUCUACACUGUCCUGAAGCUGUGCAGGGAGCACGAGGUGAUGAAAGACGAAGCUUACUGUCAGAUCAUCAAACAGGUCACCAACAACACCAGCUCCAAAGUUGACAGUUCUCUGCGGGGUUGGAGGAUGCUCUACAUCCUGAGUGCACAUCACAAGUGUUCGGAGGUGCUGAAGCCGUAUCUCUAUAAGUUCCUGGAGGACGUCUGUAGGAGCUCAGGGGCCAACUUUCAAGGAAUCGCUCACGCCUGUGAGCAGAACCUGAGAAAGACCUUCCAGUUUGGAGGCCGGACACAAUACCCAGGUGGCAUGGAAUUCAAAGCCAUGUUGGCUGGAAGAAGCUCGAAGCGGCAGCUCUUCCUCUUACCCGGGAGUGUGGAGAGGCAUGUGAAGAUCAAAACCUGCUCCGUGGCUCUGGAUGUAAUUGAGGAGUUGUGUUAUGAGAUGGGGCUGCACAGCCCGGAGGCCGUGGAAGAAUAUUCCCUCUUCGUCAUCACCAACAAAGGACAGAAUGUGCAUCCACUGAACAGGAAGGACUACAUCCUGGACGUGGCCACCGAGAUGGAGGCCAUCGACAGCAACUUCACCUUCUGGUUCCGGCGGCUCAUCUGGGCUCAGCCCCUCAAGUUUGACAAUGAGCUGUGUGUCACCGUGCAUUACAAUCAGGUUGUUCCUGAUUACCUGAAGGGACUCCUGCACAUCCUGACCCAGGAGAGGAGGAGCGAGCAGCAGUUGCAGCAAGUCUCCAAGCUGGCCGCCCUGCAGCACAGGGCCAAGGACGGUGUCUACCUGCCCUCUGUCCGCGAGGUCCAGGAGUACGUACCCCCACAGAUCUACUGGCAGCAGCGGCCGCAGCUCUGGCUGAACAUGGUAACUGACCACACUCAGCAGGUGCAGGCCCUCAGCGCACACCAGGCCAGAGCUCAGUUCCUGGGGCUUGUGAGUAUCUUCCCCAUGUUUGGCUCUUCAUUCUUCUUCAUCCAGAGUAGCAGUAACAGUGCUAUCGAUACGCCCUGCAUCCUAGCCAUCAACCAGAAUGGGCUCAGUUUCCUCAACAAGGACACCCACGAGCUGAUGGUCAAUUUCCCCUUGAAACAAGUUCAGUCGACGAGGACUCAGCGCCUGGCCACUGGCAGUAGCUACCCUUACGUGGAGAUCAAACUGGGCGACUUGAUGUCACAGAGAACAACACAGCUUCAACUCAACCAGGCCUUGGAUAUGUGCCGUGUCAUCGCCGUGCACGUGGAAUCCAUCUUGACCGCUCGUGAGAAGAGAUUAACGCUUCCCCCCAGUGAGAUCACUCUGUUGUGAUCGGCCACUGACCUUCCCUAUCGCAGCCCACGCUGGGGGAAUGGACACGACCCUGGCUGCUGACAAUGUGAGGCUUCUCUCCUGGUUUGAUGCACUCUAGGACUCGGGAUUGGCAGUCAGCCCAGGACACCCGGUUCAUGUCUUGUGCAGGAGGGGAGGAGACACGAACCCGAGAGGCUGGUGCUUGAGCUGGUGAACGAUGCCGCGGUCUGAUCUGAUACCAGACUUCAGAGACCUCGUUCAUACAGACAGACUCACUCAGAAACGUUUUAAAUUCCAGCAUUCCCCAACAAUGUUUCAUCAUUCUAUCUGAUGGAUGUGUGUGGGGACUAUCUAUAGGAAAGCAACUGUCUCAAGUGCAAAUUGUUGUGAUUUAAUUGAUGAAAGCGGUGGUGACAUUAUGAAGGAUGGAGGGGAGGUAGAGUGGGAGGUUGGAGGAGGUGCUGAGGCUAGCAGUGUAAAUGUGGAGUGAAGCUGAACUGUAGCUGGUGACUGAGCUACCUGAGCCUGACUGAAGGGAAUUAAAAUCACUCACAGAGCCAUGGAACAAUAAUAACAUUGUUUCCUGAAAUCAGCCCUAACCGGCCUGUGAGUGACAUUAGUCACUAGAAAAGGGCAGGGCAUCUUCCAUCUUUACCUUCCAGAAGAAAGAUCAUUGCCCCCCCCCAACUCCCCCCCACCCCAAACACAACCUCACCCCUGUAAGGAAACAAACCUCCAGCGCACACUUGUGGCGGAUACUGAUCUGAAGAUUGCAACUUCAUUCUUUCAUCAUGUGGGAUGGAGAAAAAAUGAUCUGGAUGCAUCUCACCACUAUCCAUCUGUAACUAAACCAAACAUGCCUCCUUGGACUCCCUGUUCAAUUUAAAGAGACAUCGCUUCUGUGUGGGGGAACAAGGGCCGUGCCAUUGUAAGCAGUCACAUAGCUGACGCACAAGGCAGUUUGCGAGAUGUUGUGCGUUUAACCCGCGAUUCAUUGACGCCAUGUUCCAGGCUAAUUCAUUUCUUCUAAGCAGUGAAGACUGGAACGCCUUACCUCUCCUCGUCUUUCCCUCAGGAAUGAGAGGGGAUUAAUCAGGGGUGGGGGCUCGUGUGGAGUCUAAACACUGACAUGGAUUAGCGGGGCCAAAUGGUCUGUUUCCGUGCCGUAUCACUCUGUAAAUCAUGUUAUUCUCGUUUAACACUUCGGCUGUCAGGUGACGUGUUUGUCUCCCUGGACCUGGCUGUGAUUUAGUUUGCUCUCAGCUCUGUGUUGCUGAAAACAUAAGUAUCAUUACAGUAAUAAAACUAUAGCCCCAUUACUGUAAAUAUUCAUACAAAACUGCAAAAAAAAGGAAACAAGUGUUGAAUAGAAAUACUUCAAGGAAUAAUUUCCAUAUCAUCUACCCCCUCCCCCGUCAGAGACACUUCAAUUCUCUCAUUUCCCCCUUCAGUCUAGUACCGUUUGCAGUGCAAUGGUUUGUACUGUUAGCUUUCACCCACACAUCUGAAUUUUUUAAGAAAAUUGUUUUUGAAAGUCCCGAUGACGAUAUUGCUUCCUGAAGAUUAUAUUGAUUCAUUUUUUUAAAAUUGAGAAUUGCUGUUGCAGAAUAGUUAAUUUUUAAAGUUUUUCCAGGUGCUCCAAAUAGUAAAAGUGCAAAAAAAAAGCUAUUUUAGCUUUUUGAACAGUCAUUUUAAAUAGACAUGGGGUUUUAUGCCCUGACAUUUAUUUUCUAUUGUUUGUAAACGAUGGUAGUAAAUAUACACCCAGUUUGUUUAUUUUUUAUACAUAAAUUAUAUAUGUAUAAACUAGAAUGAUUUUUGUUGUUUGUACUGGUGCAUUAAAAGUGGUAUAUUUUUGUAGGAUUGACAGUAAACUCUUGUAUUGGAUGAGUCUGAUUUCAUUUAAAUAUUUUGUACAAUUUGUUACAUAAUACACUGCUUUAAUCACUUGUGUUCCUUUGAGAACAUUAAAUAAUUUAUUCCUAA